CACGCGCUCUCUGCGGCCGCCCGCCUCGUAGCAACGCUGAAUUCCUAGCUACUUGCGCCCACGGACCGUAGCUUUCGCCACGCGUUAGCUCGAGCGGCACUCGAUCGCGUAGCGCGCUCACCGUAGUCGUAGCUUGCCGGAGCUACACGAGCGCACACGUAAUGUAACCUUUUACGGGGUUCGCUAUUAAAAGCAUGCCAUUAAUACGGCCCUCAUUGUGUUCAAAUGACGAGACUAAUGUCACAUUAAAAUAUCAUGGAAAGCACCUGUGGAACCAUUAAUUUCUUGUGUAAUUCCUGUGUGAUAUUUUAGUGCUCACAUAACAUUACUUUUGCGAAAAAUGGGUCUCCGAUAAACGAAAGCACUUAAAAAUCAAACAUGAUUCAAGUGGACACUUUGAAACGGCCCUCGCCGUCUCCGUCGCGGAGUUCAGUGCGCAGCGACAGCCGCGUAUUCCGACAACCGCGAGUCAUUCAAGUGAAUCGCGACGCCUCCACUAUGGUGGACGGCGAGGCUGGGUGUACCGGAUUCGGGCCCAACGCCGCCUGCGCCGAGGCCACUAGCUCAACUCACGAUUGGGAUAAUCGGGAUGCGCAACCACCGACUCAUUUUCGCUCACGAACUUUUAGUGACGGAUUUAUCCGCAAUACCAGUCUUGAGCUUUUACUAGGCGUCGAUUGCGAGACCUGCCUCGCGCUUGCCGCUCAGCGCCACUGCAUCGAUAAACACAUAUCAGAACAAGAAUUCGAUUUAGUUUGUAACUGCAAUAUUCAACGAAACAACUACCUAAAUUGGCAUCGUGAGAUCGGAGAUCCACGCGGCCACACUCUAAAUAUUUACGAUUUAGAAAGGAUUAAAAGAGACGCCGGAAGAAGUCACCUUAGUGCUGGAUCACACCGUAGUCUCGAUAGGAAGCACAACAAAAGCAAAACCAUAGGUGUAUCAAACUACAUCUCAAAGCAGUUAAUUUCAUACGAUCCCGCAAACACGCUCAUGCAGAAAAUAAAACGGAAAUUAUCUAAUUUAAAAAAUAUGGGCGGCGAAGCGGUUUCGAAGAAACAUCAAAACGCGGUCCAACUAGCCGAGAUAACGUCUGGUUCCACGAACUCACUUAAAAAACUGUCGAUGUUGUCGCUUAUGGACAAAUCUCAGCACAGGGUUAACAGUCAAAGCUGCAUUCACACGUCGAACUAUCAGCCGAAAGACGAUUCAAAAACAACGUACACAAAUUUUUCUGGUAAUGUGGACCAGGGCUUUGACAGGCUAAGAGACUGCAACGUCGAUACAAAUCGAAGAUUAACUCAUAAAGUGAUAAAAAUGAGAAGCUUCGACAAUAACGACGACCUAGUGACUAGGAAUUCCACAUUAGAUUCGAUGAAAUUCUCCACUUUAGAUAAUCGCAGUCGAUGUAGAAGCAUAAGAAGGCAAAUGUCAUACAACGAUUUUCCGAGCGAGCAGUUAAGGGAUAAUAGAAUAUCGGAAACGUGGGCGAGGGACGACACUACUCUAGAGUCGCGAAGUACUCAUACGGAUUUAGUGGAUGACGAGGCACAAACGUUCGGGGAUGCUGACGUAAUGAUGAUGGGCACCCCGCGCUCCACGUAUGCUCACUGUACAUGUGACUCACGCAACAACAGGAUACCUUCCAUUUUUUAUGACACACAAGGCAAAAAGAUGCCUGCACCGGCGCCAGACGUGACUGAGCGAGGGCAAGGCGCGGGCUCGCGGACUUGCAGCGCGUGCAAAGCCUCGCGUUGGAUGCCUACUGGCACCAUGUCCACCACCAGCCACAGUUCCACUACUACAGGCAACUCUUCAAGGUUCUCAGUCUGGCACCGCCGAUGGUGUUGCGUGGCGGUACUCGUGCUCGUAGCGGGCACAGCAUGCGUAGCCGGGCCGUUGGCAUUGCGUGCCCCACCCGGCGCGCCCCUGCACGAGCGUCUCCGACUAGCCGAAAGGCUUCUGCAUGAAACACCCCUAGUCGACGGACACAACGAUCUACCUUGGAACAUAAGAAAAUUUUUACAUAACAGAAUUAAGGAUUUUAAGUUCGACGAAGAUUUGCGGACAAUAUCGCCGUGGGCCACCAGUUCAUGGAGCCACACGGAUUUGCCGCGAUUGAAGCAAGGAAGAGUUGCAGCUCAGUUCUGGGCGGCGUAUGUACCGUGCGACGCGCAACACCGUGACGCAGUACAACUGACUUUCGAGCAGAUCGACCUCAUUCAAAGGCUCACCGACAAGUAUCAACCGCAGCUCACGCUUUGCACCUCUGCUGAUGAUAUAGUAUCAGCACACGCCAACCAUAGAGUCUGUUCGUUGAUCGGAGUAGAAGGUGGACACGCCAUUGGCGGAUCCUUGGGAGUAUUGCGGACUCUGUAUCAGGUCGGCGUGCGUUAUCUGACUCUUACCUCAACCUGCGACACACCGUGGGCCGAGUGUGCAGCAGUCGACCGCCCGGAACCUUCACUGCGAGGAGGACUCACACCCUUUGGAAAGGUGGUGAUAAAGGAAAUGAACAGACUGGGUAUGCUGGUAGACCUCUCGCACGUGUCGGAGCGUACGAUGCGCGACGCACUAGCAGUGUCACGCGCGCCAGUGCUCUUCUCGCAUUCGUCUGCGCGCGCGCUGUGCAAUGUGACGCGCAACGUGCCCGACAGCGUGCUACGCUUGCUCGCCGCCAACAAGGGCCUCAUCAUGGUCAACUUCUACACGUCCUUCCUCACUUGCAGUGAGACUGCCACCGUUCAGGAUGCUAUUGCGCAUAUCAACCACAUACGUGAUAUAGCCGGCGUGGACAGCGUCGGAUUAGGUGCGGGCUACGACGGAAUCAACUACACUCCCCAAGGAUUGGAAGAUGUAUCGUCAUAUCCGUUGCUUUUCGCGGAAUUAAUGGAGGAAGGUUGGAGUAUAGAGGAGUUACGAAAACUGGCCGGGCUGAACUUACUGCGAGUGUUGGGAGCGGCAGAACGCGUUGCAAAAGACUUGUCAUCAGCCCACGUCGUGCCCUAUGAAGAGGUGUCUCCAAGGACCCUCGACGUACACAACUGCUCCAGUCAAGAUCUAUAAAACUGCUAGGUUGCAUUAUAGUCGCAUUAAAACCUACCAUUUUCUUUAUUUUCGAAAAGUUCUCGGAAAUCAGUUCUUGGAUGUGGUUUUUUAAGAAAAUUUGUAGCGUACAUAAAUUAGGUAUUCAAAGUAAUCUCUCUUAGUAAUUAAUUUCCUUUGAACUUACUUUGAUUAACAUUACAACCUCAGGUACACUGCGGCUAUAUAAUAUCGUGUAUUCUCCAAGCUUUAAUAUUUUAGAUAAAUAUUAUCUAUAUACGUAGGGUCGCCCCUCAUCGUCGUCCGAUUACAUUUCACUUUUAUGAUAAACGAUUUUUGGAAAAAAUCAAUUGUAUUUUACGUAGAUAGAUCAAUUUGUACAAUUUUAUUUUAUUAGGAAAAUCCAUUGUGUUGACAAAAAUCAAUUACUUUAACUAUGUUGUUAUAUAUUUAAACCCUAAGAGAGUUUUUAAUCUUAUUGUAAAGUAGAUGAGUAAUAUUCUCCCUGUAACAUUUAUCAGAAUAACUGGAUACAUUUCAAAUAUAGAUGCUGUAACUGUAUGCAAGUUAACGUUGGUAAUAUACUUUAAUCACUUUUAAUGUUAUUCCACACUGUUACGAAGUAGCAUCGAGUAUAUAACCAGAAAUAGAGACGAAAUGUCAUUUAAUU